AUGCACAAGUGCUUAAUUAUCUUACCUGUAAUAUUUAAUUUAGUUGUAUCUAGUGCUUUUCGUGAAGAUGUUUGUGAGAAAUGUGUCCAUUUAGAUAAUUGUCCGCAAUUUAACAAUAUGAAUAGAGACGAACAACAAAGGUGGAUAAGGCAAUUCCCUUGUCAACAACCGAAAGCGGAAGAACCAAGUCCUUAUUAUGGAUUUGCGCCUGUUGCUAGAGGAGAUUAUGUUUGCUGUCCUGGUUUAAAUGUUUGGAGUAUAGUAAACGAGGACCAAGGAGAUGUUAAUAAAUCUCCUUACGAUCAAGAAUAUGUUCAGCCUGGCGCUUUUAAUAACAGACCAGGACGACACCCGCAGUAUACUAAUAAUUUCCCACCUUACGGUGGUCAAAACUUUGAUAACAACCAUCAAUCAAACAUUGGAUCAAAUAUUGGCAAUAAUCACAACCUUGGCAAUCAUUAUCCAAAUUAUGAAAAGCCAGAUAUAAACAACCAGAAAUUUCACAACCGACCCAAUUUUUAUAAACCCGAUCAACAAAACGACUACCCAAAACAAACAUUUCCAAUGACGAAAAAUCCACAAAUGUUCGUACCCAAUGGGCAGCAGCCAAGUUUUUCUAACCAGUAUCCACCAUGUCCAACGCAAAAUAAUUUUGGUUAUCAAUCAUUUCUAAAUAAUCUACAGAAUCCUAACUGUAAUAGCUACCAACCAAGUUUUAAUCCAACACAACAACCUCCAACUCAAGCUAAUCCUGGGCGAAAUAAUCCUCCGAAACGGCCAGUUCAAAAUGUGUUUCCAGUAUAUCCAACCAAUCAAGGCCCCAACUUCCAUGGUGUAAAUGGUAAUGGUAAUAUACAGGGCGGAACAAAAUUGAACAACCAAUGUCAAGGAUUAACAAGUUUACCUCCCGACCCUGCAUCUGGAUGCUGUGGCUUAGAUAUGUCCAGUGGUGAGGGUAUUACUGAUUUACAAAUUAUGGUUACUCAACGUAUCCGCAACAGUUUUAUGUAUAUGCGAAAUAACAGAAGAACGACGAGACAAACUGAAAAUGUCACUGUUGGAAUAGAUUUGGAUAAUCGUAUCGCAGGUGGUACAGAAACCGAACUAAAUCAAUUCCCGUGGACUGUACUUCUGAAAACAACAUUCGACUAUGGUACAAAUAAAACCUCUUUCAACUGUGGUGGCAGCUUAAUUAGUUCAAAAUACGUUCUUACUGCUGCACAUUGCAUACAUGAAAAAGAUGCUACACUUAGCAGUGUUGAAAUUACCUUGGCAGAAUAUGACAAGCGUACUUUCCCGAGGGAUUGCAAGCUUAAUUUUGGUGGCGAAAAGACGUGUAUUGAGAACGUAAUAAUAUAUGCUGAGAACAUAGUUCCACACCCGGAAUACGAUGAUAAGAAACUCUACAACGAUAUUGCACUGAUACGCCUUCGUGGAAAAGCGCCCUAUACUGAAUUCAUCCGACCGAUAUGCUUACCUCCACUCAACGUAGAUAACCAAGUGUUCUACGACUUACCACUACCUGUUGCUGGUUGGGGUCGUAAUGGACCAUAUAUGUCUGAUAUCAAACAAUCCACGGUAGUCAACCUAGUCCCGCAUGAUGAGUGCCAGCAGUACUACCCGUACUUAUCAGCCUCUCAUUUAUGCGCGGCGGGAAAAACCGGAGAGGACACAUGCAAGGGAGACUCCGGAGGUCCUUUAAUGAUGCUCUAUGAUGGAAAAUAUUACGUCAUAGGAGUCGUAAGUGGGAAGAGGGCGGACGCUCCAUGUGGAACCGCAGUACCUUCCCUUUAUACAAACGUGUUUCAGUAUAUAGACUGGAUAAGAAAUAAUAUUGUUAAUUAA